CAGUGUCCUGCCUUCAUCCAUGCCAAUAGCGCCCUCUUGUGUAGUUGGACUGGUUUCUUGGAUGCUGAGUCUGGCAUUGAUCAUGUGGUUUUUCUGGUUGGGACGGCCCAGGGACAAAAUGACGUGUUCCAGUCGAAUGAUCUGCCUGGCUACCUCACUCACUACAGUGUUAGAGCAAAUCUUAAUUUGAUUCACAACCAAGUCUACUAUGUCACUGUGGAGGCCUUCAAUGCUGUCAACCAAAGCACAAUGGCAUUCUCUGGUCCUAUUGAGAUUGAUGAUACACCUCCAACAUACGGCCUUGUAGUGGAGCUAUCUGGUGUGUAUAGCUUCAAUUUCAGUGAUCCUGUGAACCAACCAGAAUGGGAGUGUGCAAGCGAAGAGGAAUGCUUGAGCUUGGACGGAGAGUGUCUGGAAUCACUUACCCAGCUGCAGAUCCUAUGGCAACCGUUCACUGACGAAGACACUAUGAUCACCAAGUAUGAGGUUGCCCUGGGCACCUCACCAGGAGGGUCUCAGAUCAGACCUUUCUACGAGGUGUCCAAGGACCAGACCUCAGAGCUUAUUACCAACAUUGAUCUGAGCAGUGUCCGUAGAGUCUACGCCACAGUGAGAGGCUACAAUGAAGCCGGUCUGACCAGCACCGCCGUGUCCAAUGGCAUCUAUGUCAGCCGGUUCAGUGCUGGACUUCAACCUCUCAGACCAUUCCAGGUCAAAGAUGGAGUCACCGAUGUAGACUUGGAAGACUCAGACUUCCAGACCUCGCUGAAUGAGAUAAGUGCAUCCUGGGAUUUCAGCGGGGAUCCGUGUCCAAUGAAGAAGUAUGAAUGGGCCAUUUACAGAAUUGAUGGACAGGAGAUUCAGCCAUUUAUCAACAUUCUAGAGCGAACCUCAGACACCAACACAGACAUUCAAAUGACUGAUAGUGAGACCUACUACAACCUUGUGAGGGCUACUAAUGCCCUUGGCCUGGCCGUCACUGUCCGAUCUGAUGGAAUCACUGUCAAGCGUGAUCCCUUGAUACCUGGCCAGGUCUAUGAUGGCCUCCUAGUGGGCUAUGAUUUGACUUACCAGAAGGAGACUGAUAGGAUAUCAGCAAGCUGGAAGGGCUUUGGACAAGGGACACCAGUUAAAGAAACUAUCCAUCACACAGGAAAUGCUGAAGUCACCAAAGACCACAUCACAGAGCAAACUGUGGAUUACUACGAGGCUGCAGUUGGAACUGACCGUCGCUACCCUAAGACCAGAGACAACGUGGUGCCCUUCACUUAUGUUGGACAGAACACAACAGUCACUUUCACUAACCUCAACCGCAUGGAACGAGACUCAACAUAUUACGUAACAGUCAGGGGAUAUAGUGCUAGCCUUGCCACAGCUGAGGUGACAUCAACAGGGAUCAAUGUUGGUAUAGACAGCACAGUGCUUGGAAGUGAAGUGGAAGUCCCAAAGUAUGUAAACUCUGUCUCUGAGGUGCAGCUCAUGUGGGCUAAAUUUCAAUCCACCUUCCCUAUCCUGCUGUAUUACGUUGGUCUGGGUAAACCAUCCACUUCCUCCAUCCCACCUGAAGAUAUGGACUGCCUGGAUAUGCUGUUACGGACAACACAGGCCCUGGCUACAUUCCAUGAGAGGUCGAUGCAUUUUGUAGGCAAAGAUACCUUUGUGGAGGUCAAGGGUCUGAAUCUGACGCAGGAAGGAUCCUACUAUGUCACUGUUGUGGGAAUGAAUGAAGGAGGACAGUGUAACUCCUCCACUAGUUACUUCUCUGUGGAUAUCACACCACCUAUUGAGGGUAGGCUGCGUGUUGGACCUUUCUAUGACAUGCCUGUUGCCUAUACUGACAGCACCGAGUCUGUCUCUGUGGUGUGGGAGGAUUACAGAGAUGAUGAGAGUGGAAUCAAGUCCUACAACCUCCGCCUUGUGCAAGCUGCAUCAUGUAAUGAGGAUGAGGAUAACCUUACUGCGGUAGCCAACCAAGACUGGCUGGUACUCGGCCCAGAUAUUCAGGAUUUCAGAUUCGUGGACUUGAACCUAGUUACAAACCAGCCCUAUUUUGUUCAGCUGUCGGUAGUUAACCAUGCAGGAGACAGUAUCCUAUCCCAAGUAGGACCCGUCUUUGUUGACUCGUCUGAGCCGACAGCAGGACUGGUAGUUGAUGGAAUGGACUUCAAGAUGGACAUGACAGACAGCGGAGACAGAAGCCAAGUUACUGGCAUAAUCUUACACUUGCCCAACCCAGAGGGCCCACCUUGUCCACUGAGAGACAUUCCUUUCACUGAUCCACAGUGGUCAGCGAUGGACUUCAAGGGACUCUGGAACAUGAACAGGAAGAAGUGGGACCUGGAGUACCAGUCACAGCAGGUACAUGCAUCUGAUGAGAGUGUGAUGCUGAUUAUGGAGAGAGAUACAAGAGGGCCUCGUAUGCUGUCUGGAGCCUACGUCACCAAUGCACAGAUUGUAGGGAGCUCGGAAUAUGAGUUUGACUUGAAAGCUGCCCCACCUGACCUGCACAGUGUGACCAGCAUUCUAUUCUGGGAUGGCCCGGAUGGAGCAAUAGGGGAAUAUGACUUUGGUGGACGGGAGAACUGGCAAGAAGGGAUCUGUCAGUGCUGUUAUGACCAACCCUUCAACCAGUCUAUGUGUCCUCAGUGUGACUGCCAGGAUUUCUUGGGGAUAUUGGAUUCAUCUGAAGACAACUCAACAUUUGCCAGCACCACAAAUAGGUCACUUGAAGCCACACCAACCAACGAGGUCACAAUCAGUAAGAUGGCUGAAGUAACCAGCGCUUCAUUGACCACAAUGGGUUCCCUCCCUUGGACUAUCCAGAAAAUGGACGAAGAUGGGGACAGUGUGUCUGAUGAUGAGAGUGGGAGAUGGAUAUCACAGAGAGCGUGCGGGAUCCAACUCUAUCCGAAUGGUAGUACAUCUCAAGCUGUCCUGUGGUGUCGUUAUUUUGAGGAUGCCUGGCGAAUGACAUCGGAGGUUAUAGAUCUUGACUUUGAUCCAUCAAUAGAGGAGCAUCAUUUCUCAGUCCACAUCAAAGUCAUGCCGUUUGAUGCAAAUGAGGACGAAUGGUCCUUUGAAGUGUACGUUGAUGGUAAACUCCUCUCUUCACUGACUGGCAUACCAGUCCUGUCCUCAUCUACUAAGCUCAUCCUUCAUGUCUUCAAUCAAGACAGCUACAUCGCUGAGCUACCAGACCCCUUCAAUCCUCCAGCUGUCGCUGCAACACUUAAAAAUUUGAGGAUGUCGCCUGAUCAGAGCAAUCUGUGUCGUUAUGGUGCAUCAUUCAGGGCUGGAACCAGUCCUGUCUCACGCUACUUUGCUGGUGUCGGCUCAGUAGCAGGAGCCACAGAUAUUGUGCCAUUUGAAGAGAUUGCCAGGCCAUGUGUUCCUUGCAUCCAUCCGUGUGAUCGUUACCAGUGUGAUCCCUCAUGUUCCCUGGAUGCUGUUCCCAUCACCUUCACAUUGACCAACCUGACUCUGCCAAGACUGGAGCUAUCCAAUACCACCCUUGACAACGAUGCAAAUGCAACAACGCCACCUGCAAACCAAGAUGAGGGAUCACUCCCAUUCUUCCUGACAGUGAGAUGCUUCUUAGGAAAUGGGAAAUCGGUGUCAGCAUCCUCCAAUGGUUUCGUCAUUGAUGACACACCACCAAAGCUGGAUCUUUUUUUCUAUGUGGACGUCAAUCUUGAAGAGUCUGUGCCAACAUCAUUCCAGUCUUCAGACUCUACCAUCAGGGUGCUGUGGAGUUUCAUUGACACUGAGAGCAUGGUCAAGGAGCAUCACUGGGCGAUAGGAACAUCCAAAGGCGCAACAGACCUGCAAGACUUUGUCAACGUUGGGUUGAACCAGACAGCUACUAACAGCAACCUGACAGGAUUGCUGCAUCACAACACUACAUACUUUGUGACUCUGAAGGCUAUCAAUGGAGCAGGCUUGGAAACCAUUAUAGAGUGUGAUGGUGUGACUGUUCUGCUGGAGGAGCCCACUGCAGAUGAUGUCAACACCACCUCCAUGUUUAGCAAGAAGUUUGAGGAGGAUGUUUACCCAACCGAUGUAAAGAAAAGCGAAGACCCAACAAAGACUGGUACCUCCUGGUCCAAACCGCAGGAUGAGUCCAUUAAUCGCUACGAAUACUGUGUGAGUGGUUCAGAGUCGCUCCUAGAUGAUGUUGUGCCCUGCAUGGCAGUUGGAGGCAACUCCUCUGGCUCAGUAACCAUAGAGGAUGGAAUGAUCAUCGUCCGUGCUGGCGACAGGGAAGAAAGGUUCAACAUCACUGACUUCAAGGCACCAAAGGACUCCAGCCAGGGGGACAUGAUUGAGAAAGCGGCCAAGUUCAAUAUGGAACCUGGGAAGUGCCUGUAUACCUGGAUGAAGAUGUGCAACCCAGCUAUGUUAUGUGUCACAGUAUCAGCAGGAACUACUACAGUGUUAGGAGACAGUGAUAUGAUGAUGACAUCAGCCAAUGGUACAGACCUUGUUCUGACAUCACCAACAAGCCAGAGGAGGAGGAAGAGGGCCAUAGAUGAUAACCACUUUGAUUUCACUGUGGCUACAAAGGGAGGUCUACACCAGGGUGGUUCACUCAUCCUAGGUCUGCUGGAUGUCAAUAGAACCAACCAGGAAUUCACAUCGGAUGCUGCCCUGGAUUAUAAACCAUACAUCACCAAUCCAUUGUACACCAUCCCGUAUACAUCAAGACUGCUUAGACACAGAAUACGUUUUGUGUAUGAACCAACAUUCUAUAUCACCAGUCUUGGUCAGACGGAGCUGCAGGGACCAUUAAUGAUUAACAUGAGUCUAAGCACACCGGGGAACUGGACAGUGGAAAAACCUAGACUUAUCUACUGGGACAAAGAUCACUCUGAAUGGCAAGAUGCAGCUAAGACAUGCAGUGAUGUGGAUCAAAUUACAUACCUUGAUGAUGGGAACAAAGUCAAUGUUCAGGUUUGUUCCACACAGGAUCCAGCCUUGUCAUCCUCAGAGCCAGGUCGCAAGCGUCGUGCUUUGCAAGAAGAGUCAGUUCCUUCCAACACGACAUACUUCAGCCAUGAGACUCAUUUUGCAUUUGCUGUUGUCUUAGACGCCAUCCCCAAUAACCCACCAGUUAUCACAAACUUGGUAGAGAAUAUGUUCAUGAAUGAGGAUGAAGGAACUCUGUCCUACACAUUCCAGGCCACUGAUCUUGAAGAUGACAUUUUGGUCUUUGAGCUUGGUAGCCACAGUGACAAGCAAGGCACAGCAGUGAUCACAGAGACCGGUGACUUCAGCUAUACACCUUGUACUGAUUGCUAUGGUACUUUCACUCUACAAAUCACUGUGAGGGAGGUACAGACCUUCCAUGAGAUAGAACCUCUAUCUACCACUGUCAAUCACACCAUUGAAGUCCGACCAGUCAAUGAUAAUCCUGUGUUGUACAGUGCACAUAAUGGCCAAGUUGUUGGCAAUGGACGCAUUGCUUCGUUAACUGUUGAGCAGAACACAGGGUCCAAUGUUGCCUACAAGCAUCUGAGAGCUGUGCUAGGAGCAUACGAUGCUGACACCAAUGAUGAACUGACCAUUGUAACCAGGCCCCCGACGUAUGGCACCCUGGCACUGACAAGCCAAGUCAAGACUGUGCCGUCCAGGCAGAAUUGCAGUGAGCCCUCUGUAGACAGUGAAGAGCCAGUCAUUCCUUGUGGGAUAGAGUUGCCCCAUAGUGAGGAGGACUUGAGCUGGACGACAUCCACAUUCACCUAUGCUCCAAACCCCAACUACCAUGGCAGGGAUAGUUUCCUUGUCUUAGCAGAGGACCUGUCUGGAGCCGUGUCUCAGCUACUGGAGGUACAGAUUGCUGUGCUGGUCAACCCUUGCAUCCAUGAGGGGGUCUGCAGAGGACCUGUUGAGGAUCCUGAUUGUACCUCCCCUGCACGUAGCAGUGGGUUCGAAUCCUACUCCUGCCACUGUCAGCCCGGCUGGGUUGGUGACAUCUGCGAGAUUGAUUAUGAUGAGUGCCAGUCCACGCCGUGUGCAUACCCAUACGUCUGCUAUGAUCGCCUCAAUGGAUUUGAAUGUGCUUGUCCAUUGUCUGAUCCACUGUGUGAUGACCUCGACUGGAGCGUCAAAGUUAUGAUAGGUGUGGUAAGCUGUCUGGUUGGCUUGUUCAUCAUUGCUGUUGUGGUUUCCUGCUUGUACAAGAAAAAGCACAGCAAAAAAUUAAAAAUCCAUCCAAUUAUACUGGGUCCAGAUGAUGAUCAAGUGGUGCCAUCCAUAAGCGGCAACCCUCGGCACGCCUUUGACAAUCCUGCGUUUGAAGAUGACAGUGAAGAUCAGACAGAUUCUGGCCCUAAAAGCUCCUCAUCAGGCCUCAAGAAGAACAGGCCCUGGUCGGGGCUUCUGCGCUCUAAUGCUGUUGCAGAUGCUUGGCCUGCAUUGGCUGAAGCUUCCUCCAUGGGUGGUAAAUCAUGUGAUGAAUCUCUCCCAGCUGUUCCAACAGUGAGGCCUGGCAAUGCUGAGAUGUGGGCACAGCCAACCAUGCUCAUGAAGAGUUCUGCAAGUUUCAAGAAGGACGCUGAGAUUGACGAUCCAGGGCAGAUGCAGAUGUUCCAAAAGAGGACUCCGCCAACUACCACAGAGGAAAACCCCAACCGUGUGAUAGAGCUUCCAGGAUCUCUUGUCAGCUUCACCGACGAUGCACAACUCGAUGACGACAACGAAACAGUGAUGUAAUGAUCCAACACAACUAUGUCUGUUUAUCAUCAGCACUGAGCAUCUUCAGAAUAAGAUAAAAAGGAAAAGUUGUCUUCUAAGACUUGGUUUUCCCACAGGAUGUCGAGACAAAGCUUUUAUUAGGCAGCUAAACAAAUGCAUGAAUUCAUAACUUCAAACAUACUUCCAUUAAUUUGGCCAUUGGUUCUAAAUCAUGAUGCGCUUCUUUGGUUUGUUUUUUGUUUUUUGCUGUUUUCUAUGUAUAUUCAAGACAAUUUCAUGUAACCUGGAUAAUGAGUUUGUCCCCAAACAAAAUAACCUUUUAUUUUUUAAUUCUUUUUCGGUCAGCCAUAAAUAGGAUGAAAAACACAAAAACAAACACAUUUUGUUUAUUUUGGCUAUUGAUUAUAUAACAGUAUCAAGAUGUUAUUAAUUGUGUGUCGCCUUAAUUUUGUAUUAAUGUUGGUGUGACUGUAGACCUGUAGACUCAUUUGUUAAAGUUUUGAAAAAAAAUUAUAACUUUUACUUGCUUUCAUUGAUUUUGAAGAAACUUGGAUACAGUGGACCUUGGGUGGAAAGACAAUUCUUCAUCAGAAUACUGAGGUCAAAGGUCAUGUAAAGGUUAUUAGAGGUCAUUGUUCAAAAUUUGCUUCAAAUGUUUCUUUGUCUACAUAAUUUGAUGGAUUUUAGUGCAACUUGGAUGGAUCGAUCUCUAGGUGGGGGUUCACAAGUCUUCCAAAAUUGGAGGUCAAAGGUCAUCUAGGGUCAUUUGAGGUCUUUGUUUACAAAUGCACAAACCUUGGCCUUUUUUAAGAACACAAAUCUAUAGGUGGGGGUUCACAAGUCUUCCAAAAUUGGAGGUCAAAGGUCAUCUAGGGUCAUUUGAGGUCUUUGUUUAAAAAUGCACAAACCUUGGCCUUUUUUAAGAACACAAAUCAUAUAGGGAUCGACACUCGUGAUCAGCGGAUCACUUGUUUCACUGUUUUUUUGUGUGUAAUCAAGAACAUUUGCAAGUUGCCUAAACAUUAAGUUCAUACAAAAGAUUAGCUUAGCUUUUAGCUUAGCUUUUUUGUUUGAAAUGUGUAUUUACCCAGAAUAUAUUUCACACUUCUUUGAAGUACUUUUGCGAAUGUGAUAAUUCUGAUGAUGUCUGCAGUGUGAAGGAGACUGUUUUUAUGAAACCUGGAUUGAUUUAAUUGGUAGCUCUUACAAUUAUGUAGUGGAUUUUAAUUAUGAUAAAACGAAUCAUAUUUUUAUUACUACAAGGAUAUGUAAAAAGAAAUACUUCACCAUUUUUUUGGCUGUAGUAGGAAUACCAAUAGCUCGAAACACCAUGGUGUCGGACGUACUCAGAAAAAUUGAUAUUUGUUUUGGUGUAGGCCUAACUAUUAAUUAAUUUCGCAGUAACUAAAGGUAAUAGCUGUAGUGUUGAGCAUUUUUAGAAAUAAACUAUAUUUUGGUUAAUUUUUUUUUUGAGAUUUAUAAUUCAGUGGAAUUGCCCAAAUGUCAAACUCAACGAAUGUAAGAAAUGUGGUUUUAUAAAAUUUUACUCCAUCACACAAGUAUGCAUGUCCAAUGUGUCUAUGUAUUCGUUGUAUAAAAGAGUAUAACGACCCU